GGGUGUGGUUCUAGCCAUCUGAAAAAAAGCGGAAAAGGAUUCCAUUGGUGCUUUGAGCUUCAGAGGGCGUGGCCUGAGUGGGAUAUGUCCAAACUUGGUACAGAAUUGCUGGUAUUAUGCUCCGCUUACCUGUUGAGCAGGUGAGCUGCAUGCAGUCAAUAGCCACACAGCAAGAGAAAGGGAUAUAUCGAAGAACAAAUAAUAGCCUACAACCAAAGUGGUGCGUCAACGACUGUGGGCCAAGAGGAAGCAACAUAAUGUCGACGCAAGAAGAGCACGCCACCACCACCACCGCCCCCGACCCCCCACUCCUAUUUGUGGGUCAGCAGGAGACGUCUCGCCUGCUGGAGGUCUACGUCAAGCGGAGUCUGAGCCUCAACGAUGGCUCGCCGUACGUCCCGAGACAAGCGCGUGGCAAGCAACGUAAAUGGGUGACCCUGGAAGAACGUAAGAGAAGGAAGGCAUGUCGUAGGCACUCCAGUGAUACGUCUCUGCACCUGUCGAUAGACAAGGAGGACCUGGAGGAGGGUGCGGAGGAGGAGGAGGACAACACGUUUGGGGCAGCCUGCGAUGACCCUGCAGGGCCCGGUGGUGGCGCCGCCAAGCUCCAGUUGGGUGACAAAGCCGGCCGGCAGAAAUGGAACACGCUGAGGACGCGAUGGAAGAGCUUCAGGGACAAAGGCAGCAGGAGGCCCAGCAACAAACCCUCCAAGACCGCAAACCUAGUCAAACCCAGUAGUGACUCUGAAGACAACAAGGUACAUGAGCCCAAGACCCCUGCAGGCACAGACCUGGAGUCCUCUGCAGAGAAGCCAAAAGGGAAACCUGAAGGAAGCCAGAGCAAGCCUAGUGGCAGAAAGAAGGACAAGAAACCCAAGACUUCUUUCUGGAAGAGCAUCAUUGGUUUCUUUUCACCCCGGGGUGACAGCGACACCGACGUGGAAUGUGACCCCAGCACCGCAAGGACCGUGGAGGAGCCCCUCCAGCCUGAUGAGCCCCUGCCAUCUCCCCCAGUCACCUGCCUCCCCCUCCCCAAAGCCUUCCCGGACAGCAGGGAGGGCUCGCCGCGACGCAAGAAGACCAUGAAGAAGCGGCGCUCUCGCAGAAAGCUGUCCCUGAAGCUGGACAGGCCCUCAUCGCUGGUCAUUGAAGGGGUGGAGAGAGUGGAGUCGACGGUCUCAUACUACGAGAACGUGUCUGAGGAGUUAAAGAAGAUUGUGACAGAGGUGAAGGAAAGCCCCACAGAUGAGCACGCCGUGUUCCCACCGGGAACACCAACACCACCAGACAACAACAACUGCCAAUGUUUAUCGGCAGAGGAGGUUGUAGAGAGGCUCAUAUAUCUGAUCAAAGAAGAGGGGGAUGCUCUCAAUGCAAAGAUCCAAGACAACCCCUCCCUCGUCAGCUACUUCCAGGGGCUCACCUACGGCUCUUUCCAGCAACUGGCCGACCAGUAUGUGCAGUCUGAGAUCCCCACGCAGCCCGUCCUCCCAGGGCCAGGCCCGGUGGUGGCGCCGGAGCUGGUCAAACUGGCCUUCACGCUGGACUUCACGGCUCGGCUGGCCAGCCUGAGUCGCCAGAGCCCCAGCCACAUCAUGGGCCUGGGCAGCCGCUACCUGCAGGACCGCUUCACCUACACCGAGCCUCAGCCCAUGACCCCCACCACCGGAGAGCCUCCUGGUGGCCCAGGACCAGGAGAGGAGAUUAUACCAAAUGGCACCCAGCCACACUUUACCUGAGUCAAACACCUACCCAGGAAAAGUGGCAGAUUCCUCCCUCUAGACUGUGAAUGAUUGUGUCACCUCGACUCGCCUGUCGAUGGAACCAGUCUGUGAAGCUCGUCCAGAUCAGCACUUUAUAGUAGCAGUUAUUUAUACAUCCACACUCGUGGUCAAUUGUGAAAAAAAUUGCCUACUUUCAUAAUUUUGUGAAAAAUAUUUUUGUAUGUUAUGUUAAGGCACUGUGUAGUAGUAUAUUUCAAAUUAAGAAUGAUAACGUAUAUGUAUGCUGGCAUACAUUCACUGUAAGACAUUAAAUAAAUAAAUAUUUUUUUCUAUUUUAUUACACAU